UAGCUGCCAUUCUGACUCCGGCUUGAUAAUUUCAUAGACUGACCGGACCACGCCUGGUCUUGUUCCCCGUCUAGAACCAGCAGCACCGCCACCUCUCGGACUCGUUGCCAUCUCUUCAAUUAGUUUCUUCUUAAUAUGCUUUUCAACGAGCGAAGAAAAAUACAACCGGAAGUUCCGGUUCUAUUCACUCAGGUUCGAACCCUGCUGCAGCCGAAAAAAGGUCUAAGAUGCGUGAGGAUAGACCGCAACAAAUUGUUGCACCUACAACUGAAAUAAGGACAAAAAAUCAACAAGACAUUCGAACAACAACUUCUCCCGAAAUAAGGUCCAAAAAGAAACAUGAUAUGCAGAAACCAGAGAUAUGUCUUCCAGCCUCAAAGCGUGGGAGGUCACAAUGCAUCGAUGAACCAGAAAUGCCUGCCAGAAAGAAACAUGCUAAAGCAAAGAGUGUUAAAUCUAUUACAUGUAAAAUCAGAAGACCUAAAUUGGUCGUAAAGAUAGGGGUGAAAGUUCUGGUUGAUGUCAUUGAGAAAAUGAACUCCAAACAAAAAGCUGCUCUGGAAGAGAUGAGUUUCGGACAGCUUGUGCAUUUGAAGAUACGAUGUAUUCCUGCUGACAUGGCAUUUUCACUACUUGAAAAUUUUAAUCAUGACAACUGCUCCAGAAUAAAACUUGUUGAUGAUCAACCAUUACACAUCACUGAGGAAGAUGUGUAUGCUACGUUGGGACUGCCAAGAGGAGAGUUGAUGAUUAAAAGAGAAAAAAAGCAUGAAAUGAAUGAUGUGAUGAAGACCAUUGUCAAUGCUAAGAAGAACAAAGCAAUAACCCCAGUUGAUUUGCAAGAGCAGCUUGAUAGUGAUCUAGAAGGUGGUGAGUGGUUUAAGAAAAUAUUUCUUAUUCUGUUGGACAAUGUUCUGAUCUCACCAACUGCCAACGGAAAAUGUCUUGGCCGUAUCUUGGACGAUAUUGGCAACAUUUCAAAUGUGAGGCAGUACAAUUGGUGCAACUACGUGUUGGAUACGCUAAUCACAGCACAUGAUAGCUGGAAACUCAAGAACAAAUCCACCUCAUUCACUGGACCAAUCACUUUCCUCUUGGCAUGCUAUGUAGAUAGGGUUGUCUACAGAACAAGACUGGUGGUUAGAAGAUUCCCAAAUGUCCGUAACUGGACAGAAUCCAUUCUUAAGGAGAGAAGACAGAUGAAAUUUGAUAAUGGAGGCACCAUUGGAAGAGGAAGCAUAGAAAGUAUCAUUGAUCCUGUCUCCAUUGAAUCUUUAUAUGCCAACAAGGAUUCAAUAACUGUCACUACCUCUGUCCCUUCAACUGAUGAAGCAACUUUACCUGAUGAAGCCCCCCUUCAAGUGAUCAAGUUCCUUCGUCUGAUGAAAUUAAAAGUUCAAUUAGGGAGGCUGCAGAUGCAAUUAGUAAAAUGAUGAGGUAUAUAAAGGUUGCUCCAGCAAAUACCAAUGACAUCAAUUGCUUCAAAGUUGCAGCUAUAAAUGCACUAAAGAUGGUUGGUGUGGAGGUUGAUCAAGGGGACCAAGCUGUGUCUAAGCCAAUUGAAAACAUGACACAAGCUAUGGAAGAGGAUCAAGAAGAUGAUCCAGAAUGGAUUCAGCUUAUGGAAAAACUGAUGGAAAUACAUGAUGAAAAAUGCAAAUUAGUGAAUGAAGGCAC